AUGGAAAAGAUCGACCUUUCGCUGAAUUCCAGGCAAAUUCUGGAAGCUUAUGACAAAGUUGUCAGAGGCGACACUUCCACCACGUAUGUGGUGUACACGGUGGACAAGAACCUGCUGUUGACCGUAGAUGAGACCGGAAACGGAUCUUUGGACGAGUUUGUCGAGCACUUCACUGACGGACACAUUCAAUUCGGGUUGGCCAGAGUAACUGUACCGGGAUCUGACGUCUCUAAGGUGCUCUUGUUGGGCUGGUGUCCGGAUAACUCGCCUUUGAAGCUGAGGUUAUCGUUUGCAACUAACUUUGCUGAAGUAUCCAAGGUGUUGAGUGGAUACCACAUCCAGAUCACUGCUAGAGACCAGGACGACUUGGAUACUGAAGAGUUUCUCAAAAGAGUGGGUGCUGCUGCCGGUGCUAGAUACUCCUUGAACACUGGAUCAAAUAUCAAGUCGAACGAUAGACCGGCACCCAAGACUGCGCCCAAGCCGUUCGUGACCAAGUCUGCUCCUACCCCAGCCAGUUCGUCGUCAGCGCCAUCGUACGUUCCUAAGUCAACAGGAAAGCCAAUUGCUCCUGUUGCCCCUAAGCCAGCUCUCCCAAAGCCAAAGGUGUUCGGAGCGCCAGCACCUACGUCCAAGUCUAACGAUGACGAUGACUGGGCAGGAGAAAAGGAAAUUGAGGCCAGAGAUUUCUCCCAGAAGCCCUUGGAAGACGUUCCUUCCUCCUACAAACCAACCAAGGUGAAUAUCGACGAGUUAAGAAAGCAGAAGUCGGACACCAUUUCUUCACAGCCAAAGCCAAACAACUUGAACGCAAAUGAUUCCAAGGAUGAAACUGAUGUCAAGCCUUUGUCAGAAAGAUUGAAGUCGUACGAGUCUUCGAGCCCAUCCGAUGGUAGAUUGACUUCAUUGCCUAAACCAAAGGUGAGUCACUCCGUUGCCUCUCGUUUCAGCCCAGCUUCAGAGUCUUCAGGCUCUGCUCCCUCUUUCGGAUCGAAGCCAAACUUUGGAGCCCCUUCAUACUCCAACAAGGAUAAAGUUGUAGGAGGAUUGUCUAAGAACUUUGGCUCAGAGGGUGGUAAGACCCCCGCUCAGCUCUGGGCAGAGAAGAGAGGUCAAUACAAGUCUGUUGCUUCUGAUUCCGAACCAGUUAAGUCUGGGGAAUUGGAAGAAAAGUUCUCUAAGGCUUCCAUUCAACCUGAACCAGAAGCUGAAGAAGAAGAGCCAGAGCCAGAGCCAGAGCCAGAGGAAAAAGAGGAAGAACGUGAAGUUACCCCAUCACUUCCUGUGCGUAGCUUGCCUCCUCCACCUGCUCCGGUCGCUGUUUCAGAGCCUGAGCCUGAAGAAGAAGAGCCAGAAGCUGAAGCUGAAGAAGAACCUGCAGCUGCUCCAUCUCUUCCAGGGCGUAGCUUGCCACCACCACCUGCCCCUGCUGCUGUUUCGGAACCUGCAGCUGAAUCUAAAUCUUCUAAACCAUCUGCUAUUGCUGAGUAUGACUACGAAAAGGAAGAAGACGAUGAAUUGGAAUUCAAGGAAGGAGAUUUAAUUGUGGAAAUCGACUUUAUAGACGAUGAUUGGUGUUCUGGUAAGCACUCUGUCUCUGGAUUAGUUGGUUUGUUCCCAGCCACAUACGUUGUUUUGAAGGAAGGCUCCGACUCCAAGCCAAUAUUUAGCAAUGCUGCUACCUCUGCUCCUGCUGCUGCAGAACCUGAACCUGAGGCUGCUGCUGAACCAGCUGUCGCCGAAAAGAAAGUCACAGCUGUUGCUGAUUACGACUACGAAAGAGAUGAAGACAAUGAAAUUUCCUUCAAGGAGGGUGAUUUGAUCAUUGACAUCGAAUUCUUCGAUGACGACUGGUGGCUGGGAACCCACGAAAAGACUGGUGAAAAGGGUGUCUUCCCAGCCAACCACGUAAAAUUGAACGAAUAA